ACAAUGGUAACAUUAGCCCAUCAUUCUCCCGAUUUUAAUCCCACGCGCUGCGAGAAACGGAACAGUUUUUUGUUUUUACCGAGGCGUCUAUGCGUGUAUAUGUGGGGUUCAUUCUUAAUUGAUUUCACUUUCUUUUGUAUUCGACUGUUGCGUUUCUCUGUUCCUCUCUCGCUUUUUCUUCUUGGGUAUUUAACCCUAAGUUUGAUCAUUUAUCUUCUUCUUCUCUCAUCGUUUUCUUUUUCUUCAUCGUUUCUUCUGAAUUUUAGCCAACCGUUCGUUGCGAACCGCCGGAGUUUUUGUUUCGCCGUUUGAAGUAUCGAAGCGGUUUAAUCUUACCGGCGAGUUUGUUUCCCAUUUGGUUACAGUUUAAAGUCUUUGUUUUUCAAGUGAUUUGUGCUUUCCGUUAUACGCAAUUUCUGAAAUUUUCUAGAUUUUGGGUUGGUUUAAUCUUACCGGCGAGUUUGUUUCCCAUUUGGUUACAGUUUAAAGUCUUUGUUUUUCAAGUGAUUUGUGCUUUCCGUUAUACGCAAUAACACCAUUUCUAGAUUUUGGGUUUUAUUCCGUUUCUUUCAUGACUGUGUGGUUUUUUUUUUCCUUCUCCCCUUUUCGAUUUUCUGACUAAAUAUCUACAGAUCUAUGUAGAUCCGUAUUUUGUAUUAUUUUGUUUUAUACAGAUCUAUAUUUUCUGAUAGAUCUAUAUUUUACUGUUACGAAUUUUUAUGAAUCAAGCUUCCUCUGUCUUGGAUAUCCACCGAUUCAUGUAACUCUGUAUUUAUUCAUGUGAAUAUGGCUGAGUUGGAACUGCCUACCCGAUUGUUCGCUGAUGGGGAGGAACCUGCUGGCGAUAGAGUGAAUAUGUACUUCAAACUCAACACGAUCAAGACGGUGCUGAAAGCACUUACGCCUGAAGAGAUUGACACUAUUAGGCCUUGUUUUGGGAAGCUUCUUGAUGUUUACUCCAAACCUGUCUUCUCUGGCAAGUUGACACACUUUCUUUUGACCCGUCAACUUAAUGUUGUCAAGCGGCACGAGAUAUGGGUUGUUUUUGCCGGUAAACCUGUCCGAUUUUCUCUCAGGGAGUUUGGUUUGGUCACCGGCCUAAAUUGUCAGCCUCUUCCAGCCCUGGAUAGAGCUUUAACUAAGUGCCCUCCCGGGGUCACUCCGUACUGGUUCACUCUCUUUGGAGGGGAAGAAUAUUUCACCGGGGAGAUGUUGUUGGGCAAGCUUCGGAGGGCUAAGGCACUGUCUAGUGAAGUGAGAGUUAAGUAUGCGUGUUUGUUACUUGUUGAUGGGUUUCUCUGUCGCAGAUCUUUCCACAUGAAAAUACCUAAGGAGCAUGUGGAGAUGAUUCGCGAUCUAGAUGUCUUUCUGAAAUACCCUUGGGGACGUUAUAGUUUCGAUAUGACAAUGCAAUGCAUUAAGUCCAGAUCCCUCAAUCAAUUAGCUCAAGCAACCGUUGCCAUUCAAGGGUUUAUCCAUGCUCUUGUUCUGGUUUUGGUGGAAGCUGUCCCAUCUGUUCUUUCAGCUGUUGGUGAAAUAACUGACCCAGAGUCUGGGGAUGAAGAUGUUUUCCCUGUUAUUUCGUUGAAACUUGAUAAAGUCUGGGAUCUCGACAAAGAUACGAAGGUUGAUGUUCUAUCUAUCAUUCCUGAACCCGAAGGUGUUGCUGGUUUAGAGGAUUGUAGCUGGCCUGAUGAGGUUCGUGAUCCAGGUGUUGAAGUCAUUAUGGGAAAAAUUCAGGAGGGUUGUGAAUUCAACAGGGGAAUGUUUGUAGGGGGACUCAGAGGUGCUGUUUUGCCCGUGGAGCCUCCUCCUCGCGUAGUUAACAAAGGUAAAAGGAAACUCCGGUCCAAGCAGGGUGGUGAGCCUUUGGUAAGAGGUGGGUCGUCUAGGGUCAAGAAAAUGAAGGUUCGCAGUGGUAAGGGUAGGCAUGCGCAGCCUGACCCUAAUACCUCUCUCCUUGGUGCUCUUAAAUACGAAAUUGAUGCUGGUCUGAAGGAGGCUCGUGGUGAUGUUUAUGCUCAUGUUUGCGUUGAUUUGAAAGAGAUGGAGUUGAGGUUAGCGAGGAAUAUGAAACAAAGCAUCUUCUCUGUUGUUGCUGAGGCUCUCAGUGCCCGGGAUCUACUUAAAAAUGUUGUUGAUGGCGUUGGGGUAGGUAAUCUUGACCCUUACAACCAGCCUCCCGCUAAUGGUGCAUCUACUUCAUUCAAUCAUGCCAAUGGUGCAUCAAGCCCUGUCAAUCCUGAUAAUGGUGCAGUUAAUGCUGUACAUUCUGUUGCUGGUACAUCUAAACCUGACAAUCCUGCAGCCCCCCCCCCCCCCCCCCCCCCGAUUUGA